AGUUGUAGCAACGAGUUUAGCAGAACUCAAUAGCUUUAGCUGAAAUUCAAUAUUUCUAUUAAGAAAUUUACUUCAUAUGUAUACCAAAUUUAUCCAUAAUCCAUUAAGCUUUGUGACUUUUGUAGAAUCUAAAAACUCAAAAUUUGGUUUCGUCCCUACUAGUAUAAGAAGAAAAAUUAAAAUCGUAUGUAAGUUAAACGUCUUUUUAAUAUAUAUAAACGACUAUUGUAGUAAACGUUGUUUCUUUAUUAUCUCACUUUCUUUCUGUAUUCCAUGAAAGAAGCCAAUAAUUUAACUUGUGAAGAGAAUCUCUGGAGUUAAACAUGGAGUUUCAUGACCAUUUUUCUCAAGAAUUAGCUCUACAACAACACCAACAACAAAACGUUGAUGACGAUGUUUCAGAUCAAUCGAUGAAUUUCUCCAUGAAGCUAAGUCAACAAUAUAGGGACGAGGUCAAUAACAACAACAACAACAACAAUAAUAAUUAUAACAACUGGGAUCAGAGCGAGAAAUAUAAAGCGGAUAUUAUGAACCAUCAUUUGUCUGAACAACUGUUAUCUGCACACGUGGCUUGUCUGAGAAUCGCGACGCCGGUGGACCAGUUACCGAGGAUCGACGAGCAGUUGACGGAGUCACAAAAUUUGGUGGCUAAGUAUUAUGUUGUUGGUCAAAGUCAACGGCCUCUCGAUGAUAAAGACCUUGAUCAAUUUAUGGCACAUUAUGUUGUGCUGCUGUCUAGCUUUAAAGAGCAACUGCAACAACAUGUUCGUGUCCAUGCAAUGGAAGCUGUCAUGGCUUGUUGGGAGCUUGAUCAAUCUCUACAAAACUUAACAGGGGCAGCAUCAGGAGAAGGUACAGGUGCAACAAUGUCAGAUGAUGAAGAUGAUCAAGCAGAAAGUGAGACAAACUGUUAUAAUGGAAUUUUAGAUGGAGUAGAUCAUACUAACAGUGGAUUUGGUCCUCUUGUACCUACUGAAAAUGAGAGAUUCUUAAUUGAACGUGUAAGGCAAGAACUGAAGCACGAGUUCAAACAGGGUUACAAGGAGAAGAUUGUUGACAUUAGAGAAGAAAUUUUAAGAAAAAGAAGAGCAGGAAAACUGCCUGGUGAUACUACAUCUGCCUUAAAAGCUUGGUGGAAGUCACAUUCCAAGUGGCCUUAUCCCACAGAGGAAGAUAAAGCAAAGUUGGUGCAAGAGACAGGGUUGCAACUAAAACAAGUCAAUAAUUGGUUCAUUAACCAAAGGAAAAGAAAUUGGCACAAUACUCCAUCAUCAUCUUCUACACAAAAAACCAAACGCAAGAGUGUUGGUGAAAAAUCAAGAAAUGAUCACUUUACAUGAUGGGGAGAACACUCAUGCAAGGGGAACUUGAUCGAACAUGCAUGUCUGGUAUAACUGAAGUAAUUUUCUGUCCUGGAAAAUAUUUUCCGAUGUUUGAUUAGUAAAACAUGAGUUGGCUAGCAAAACCUUGCAAUUUAGAGGCUGAUUCAAAAUAUAAGGAGUGGGUGCACGUUCAUUCAGUAUCCCCAAUUUAAACUAUUUAUGUAUAUAUACAAAAUCAGAAGAUUUUUUGUUAAAAAAUAUGUAUAUCUAUUAGAGUGAAUCCACUGUCUUUAUUUGGAUCUUGACAAAGCACAAUAGGUUCCAUUUAUGUAAUUUUUAUUUGUACCAUGUAUUAAUAUAGGCUUUGCAAUUUUGGAUGCUA